CUUUUCUUUUAUUUUGUUUUCUUAAAAAAAAAAAAGAAGAAGAAAUGGAUACUAGGAUUUCACAUAUUAUACCUACUAUUACAUGUUCCAAUUGUCAAAUGAUUUUACCUAUUAGAGAUUUAACUAGUCAUCUAUGUGAAUCUUUACCUACCAAACCUAAAUUACCUCUUACAUUAGAUACAAAAAUCGUUUCAACCAUUCAAAAAAAGAGUCCUCCAUAUUCUCCUCCUUCUACAACACCUGGACUCAUUGAAUCAUCUCAUCCCUCUUGUCCUCAGUAAGAAAUACUUUUGUUUUUAUCUCAUCAUGUUAAUUAUCUCCUUUUUUUUUCUUUCUUUAGAUAUAGUAAAAGUUCACCAAUGGCACGCAAACCUACUAUUUUGACUACAUCAAAAGAAACAAAAUCUUUACAUAGAACAUUAUCAUCAGAAAGUAAACAUCAUCAGAAUGGAGAAACGUGGAAAAUCGCACGUCGACCUACAGGCUCAUCUACCACUUCUUCAUCACUUGCAUCUCCAUUAUCAGCAUUAUCAAGAUCAUUUUCCAUUGAAUCCACUUCUUCUCCCUUAACUCCUCAUAUAGAACAACGACCUUAUAUGUCAUUUCGUGUUCAAUCCAAUCAUCAAAAAUUAGAUCAAUCUGUUCAAGAAGAAACAACUAUUUCUUUUUUCAAAUUACCAACAAUGCCUUCAUCCUCCAAAUUAGCAUCUCAUUAUCAUCAUCUACAUCGACAAGGAAAUCCUACUUGUUUUCGAUGUAAAAGAAGUAUUCAAUCUAAUCUUAUCCGUAUAGGUUCCAAUUAUGCUUAUCAUUCUCAUUGCCUAACUUGUUUUCUGUGUCGAGACCCUUUAUCACCACAAAAGGAGAUCCAGGAGUACAAUGGGAUUGUAUAUUGUCCCAAGGAUUAUCAAUUGAUCCAAUCUCGACCCACUUGUGCUACAUGUCAUCAUACUAUAAAUCCACCUGUACGACCAACAAAAGCAUUUGGUGCUUAUUAUCACCCUGAACACCUUUUAUGUCAUCAUUGUCAUAAACCAGUGGAUGAACAUACUACAGGCAUGGUACGACACAAACGCAAGAUCUAUUGUCGUCCAGAUUUCAAUCACUUAUUCCUUCCAUCAUGUCGUGGUUGUGGUCGUGCUGUAGAACGUGAAUCAGUAUCAUCAUCAGAUGGAAAAAUGGGAGGUAAAUGGCAUAUACACUGUUUCCGAUGCCAAGCAUGCCAUCAACCAUUCAAGGAUAAUACAUUUUAUGUCUUCAAGGAUAAACCUUAUUGUCAACGUGACUAUCAUCGGCUAAAUCAGUCCUUAUGUGCUAAAUGUGAUACACCCAUCGAAGGACGCUGUGCUCAAACUUCUCUUCCUUCUACUCCUUCUUCUGAUGAUAAUGAUCAUACUAAUAGUAAGGACAUUAUCAAGAAGAAGGUGGGAGAUAGAUAUCAUCCUCAUUGCUUUACUUGUCAUACAUGUGGUGUUGGUAUCAAAGAUAUUUAUUAUAGUGAUCAUCAUCAUCGCAUUUAUUGUCCGAACCAUGGUAAACACAAUAGCUAUAAAAGAACAACUAUCUUUCAUGACCUUUCAUCAUCACUACCAAUAAAUAUAUAACAUUGCGGGUUCCCAUACCAUGUAAUUUGCACACUUACA